AUGGGUGGAGACUCAGUACAAAAUGAAGAAAUGGAUCAGGGGGAUGAUGAGGACUGGCAUGACAAUGGAGUUGACUCUGGAGGAGAUGAUGAAGAUGAUGAUUUUCAGCAUGGUGAUGGGGAGGAAGGAAAUGAACCAGAUGAUAAUUACCAGGGAUUCAGCCUUGAAGAUGGAAAUCUUCCAAUUUAUCCAGAUGCACCCAUCACCAAGUCACAGAGUCUACUGCUGAUAGUGUCCUAUGUCUUGCGGCAUGGUCUUUCUGAUAGUGCUUUGGAUGAUCUUCUUUCUUUGAUGAAUAUACACUGUCCAAACAGUGUUCCUACAUCAAAGUAUUUGCUGUACAAGAGUGUUGAAGAUUCAAUGUACGAGGUUCACUAUUAUUGCAUGGCUUGCACUGCAUAUCUUGGCCCCGAGAAAUUGACAAGGAAUUGUACAAACUGCGGCAAUGAAUUCAGUGCAGACAUCUCAACUGCAGAGGCGGAUGCACCUGCCAGGUCUUUAGUGAGGAAUUCCAAACAGUUCAAUGGGAAGUAUGGAUGCGACUGGUGUAAGCAGGAAGGCACACCAAUACCAAAUGGAAAUGGUCCUCCCAUUCGUACUUACCCAUACAAUGGUGAAGCACUCCCAAGAACUGACGAUGAUCAGAGGAGAUUGUCAAUAGAGUCACAGAGAACAGGGAUGUGUCAGCAAGGUGUGAAGGUGUCAUGCAGUUACCACAUUAUGACUCUGUGA